AUGACACCACUCUCCCUUUGCUUAAUGAGAAGGCCAAUGUGGAAAACGGCCAAUUUGUUAUUUCAACAUGGUGCGGUGCUGCUUACAAGAAUGACUCCAAUGGAUACUGGAUUGUUUAUACAGUUUGUAAUGAUGUGCAUACCCACCAAAGAAGAAGAAAGGAUUCUUCGACUUCUUGUCGAGAAAGGUGCCCUAGUUAAUGACCCAGAGGCUCCCGGCCAACGUCAACCACUACAUUUCGCUGCUAUGAGUAAUAACUGUACCCUCAUUCGUAUUCUAAUCGAUUUAGGAGCUGACUUAUACGCUAAGAACCAUAGAAAUGAAACUCCCAGACAAGUAGCAGCUACCUUUAAAUGUAAAGAAGCGAUGGCUAUCUUUGAAGCCCUCGAAGGAGAAUACGAUAGAAGAGACAGUGAGACUGCAAGCAAUGUAACUGCUUAUGAGCAUUUCAACUUGUCGUAAUUUAUUUGAUAAAUAAAUACAUUUUGCACGUUAUGUUUUGAAAA